AUGACUAUGCCUUCUUCAUACAGAAAAACUUUACACCACGUUCAAGACCUAGCAAUAGCUCGGGUUAGCAGAAUACUAAGACUAUUGCUUCAAUGGAGAGGUGGCAUAUGGAAGUCUGUUUAUUUUGACUUGAUUUUAUGGUUUGUUGGCUACACUAUUAUAGCUGUGAUCUAUCGAACCGCAUUAUCGUCACAGCAGCAAAGGACAUUUGAAGCUGUUGUAAAAUUUUGUAGCAAAUAUGACAGCUAUAUACCAUUAGUAUUCAUGCUUGGCUUUUUUGUGGAAUCAGUAAUACAACGAUGGUGGGUAGCUAUUGAAAACAUAGGAAUAACCGACGACAUGGCAUUAACCAUUGCUAACUAUCUGCGCGGUGUUGACGAGAUGUCGAUACGUUACAAGCGAACUAUUGUAAGAUACAUGUGCUUAUUUCAAGUGCUUGUCUAUCGUACCGUCAGCAGUGCUGUCAGAGAGAAGUACCCAGAUUUUGAGAGUCUUGUUAGAAGUGGGUAUCUGCUACCGAACGAAAAAAAGAUGUUGUCUAUACAUGACCUCUGGAUUCCAAUUCAGUGGUCUUUGCAGUUGACUACAAAGGCUCGUGCUGAUGGUCUUAUAAAAUCUGAUUGCUAUUUAAGCCAUAUUUUUGACACUUGCGCAAACCUGAACACAACACUGCGAAUUGUUUGGCUUCAGUCUUGGAUUAAUAUUCCUCUUGCCUACACCCAGAUAGUAUUUAUUAUCGUUCGACUGUAUUUUGCAUUUGCUAUGGUCGGCGAACAAGUUCUAAUAACCGAUUCUGAAAAUGCUAGUUUAUUAAUGCGAUCAUUUUGCUGA